CAAGUGGCUUCGUGUUCCAGUGGGGGACUGGUUUGGCAUCAUCUGGGCGACGAUUGUGUCCUGGGCAGACUCUCCCAUUGUUUUUGACAGCAAAGGAACCGAGCAGAGUAACAGGCCUAGAGAAUUCUAAAGCAAUCUGUGUUAUUGCUGGCUCAGACCACUCAGCUGCAUUAACAGAUGCAGGAGAGCUGUAUGUUUGGGGAAGCAACAAGCAUGGGCAACUGGCUACCCAGGCAGCUUUCCUUCCUAUGCCCCAGAAAAUAGAAGCUCGUUGUUUUCAGAAUGAAAAGGUCACUGCAGUCUGGAGUGGGUGGACACACCUUGUUGCUCAGACAGAAACUGGCAAGGUGUUUACCUGGGGCCGAGCAGACUAUGGUCAACUUGGGAGGAAGUUGGAGUCUCAUGAAGGCUGCAAACCAGAGAAGCGGGAUUCAUUCCUCCUCUGCUCAAGACCACAGAACAGCACACCUUCGUCCCUGCAUUGCCUCACAGGAGCAAAUGAGGCCAAGCCAGAUCAGGCCAGUGCUGGUUGUUCAGCAGGGCUGGUGCCUCCCCAAGAACACUUGAUAAGAAUGGGUCUCGCUUCAGAGCAAAGGCUGAAAUUCUCACAGUCAAGAAAGGUCUCUUGUGGCUCAGAACAUAAUUUGGCAGUAAUUGGUGGGGCAUGUUACUCUUGGGGCUGGAACGAGCAUGGCAUGUGCGGAGAUGGCACCGAAGCCAAUGUCUGGACCCCGAAGCCCGUGCAGGUUCUGCAGUUGUCAUCAGGGCUCCUCGUGGGCUGUGGAUCUGGCCACUCCCUGGCGCUCUGCCAGCUGCCAGCACAUCCUGCCCUGGAGAUCCAGGACCCCAAGGCUACCUACCCUUCCCCACAUGCUGCCGAGGACCCCGAAUCUCAGGAAGCCAUGGACAAAGAGAGAAACUGAAAGAAAAGACAAUCAGAAACUUCAUCCCAAAGCCAAUCUGACAGGUCCAGAAAUGAGGAACUGUGAUAGAGAACUUUUAAUAAAGUGGUUUUUCUCA